UCAGCGCAAAAGCGUAUUUAAAGCACUGACUUUCAAUCGAAAUCAAGACAUUUAACGUUAGGCACUCUUCAACGAGGCUGCAAAAAUGGCUGUUCGACUUGUUGUUUUGGCAUUCAUCGUCUUAUCUGUUAGCACUGCAGAAUCUUCACCGUUCUCCGGGGAUUUUGCUCGGUGCAGCGGAGUGCUUGAAAAAAUGAACAUUGCCGUUCUUGAAACUGGAACCUACUUGAUCCCUACGCAAGAACUCAAUUGGCAGUCUGCCGUGCAAUACUGCAAAAAAUUUGACUCAUCCUUAGUCCAGAUCGAAUCAGCCCGAGAAGCAGAAAUAGCUUUUAAUGGAGCUAACAACGGAACGAACCCGCCUGGCCAAUUUUGGACUCUGGGGACAAACAGGGCACGCACAGACAAAAAUUUUGUGUGGGCUGUGAAAGUGCCUGGAAUUCCCAUUGACAAUUCUCUGUGGCUUCCUGGAGAACCAUCUAACGCACAAAAUAAAUCUCCCCUGGAUUGCCUAAGCGCAUCUCUUAGAAGCGGAGGGCUGGCAGACAACGAUUGCAACGAUGACCUGAGACCGAUUUGUGAACUGCCAAAAGACGUGAACAACUGUGAGAAACUUUUCGAACUUUUAAGAAUCAAAACUCUAGAAACCGGCACAUACCUGUUCACUGAAAAGUUCUAUGACUGGCACAAUGCCUCCAAACUGUGCGAUGGUCUAGGCAUGGAGAUUGCAAUCGUGGACAAUAUUGAUGAAAUCAAUAUUGUUUACCAAGAAGCGGUUAAGCUAUUUCCUGAUAACGAACGCUUUUGGAUCGGUGGAUUGGAUAAGGGCGUGAAAGGCACUUACGUCUGGACCAACAACAAGCCCGUAGACAGCAACCUUUGGAUCAAAAAACACCCUGCACACGCAGAGGAAGAGGAGCCCGCUUGCAUCACUCUUCGCAAAAACGGUCUUGGCGACUGCCCGUGCAGCGUCGGUAGACGAUCUAUUUGCAAGGUGAAAUAAAAGUCAAACCGAUUGAUUUUCUAUGCGUC